AUGACAAAUUAUAGCUGCAACAGAUCACACAAGUUUUUGGGUCGAAAUGUGCGUCCUUUCGACUAUGCUGAAUGGGAGCGUCGUCGUGAAGAGAUCGUGCUUACGGGGUCGUACGCCAAAUUUGCUCAAAACCAUGACAUGAAACAUCAUCUACUGGAGACGGGUACCCGCCUCCUUGCAGAAGCCAGCCCCUUCGAUCGUUCUUGGGAUAUCGGCAUGUCUGCAUGCUUUCCAGAUGCUAGCGUUUCAUCCAAGUGGGCGGCUAGCGGGCUCAUUCAACAUUCCACAUCUCCGUGGGCUUCUCCUUUGGUUGUCAUCUCCAAGAAGGACGGAUCUGUUCGCAUCACCGUCAACUACAUACGUCUCAACGCUCUGGUGGAUUUGGAUGGACAACCUCUCCCUCGAGUGGACGGUAUCUUGGAUUCUCUGUUCACCGGGAAAGUGUUCUCCAUCUUCGACCUCAACUCGGCUUUCCACCAGCUCGUUUGUGAUGAAGACACUGUCCCGCUCACCGCCUUUUCCACUCCCACGCAGUUGUUCGAAUGGCUUCGGAUGCCGCAGGGCGCCAACGCAAGUCCGUCUUGGUUCGUCAAGGUCAUCAACAGAGUGGUACACGGUCUGGAGCGUGUGCUGGCUUAUCUGGACGAUGUCAUCUGUUUCGAUGAGGAACCUCUGGGACACGUGCUGAACUUGACCGAGUUCCUCAAACGAAUGCGACAGUACAACCUCAAACUGUCUCGAGGGAAGGCUCGCGUCGGCGCCACGCACGCCAACUUUCUCGGUCACACCAUCUCUCCGGCAGGUGUUAGCCCUGAUGGCGUCAAGGUUAGGGCGCUCACGCACAUGCCGCCGCCGACGAAUGUUGAGCAGCUUCCGAGCCUUCUCGGUGGACUCAGCUACUACCGGAUAUUCCUCAAGAAUCUCGCCAACAAGGUGCGGCCUCUCAACUUUCUUCUCAAACAAGGCGUCCCCUUCAAGUUCACCCCGGGCAUGGUCAUGGUUGUCAAAACGUUGAUAAGCGAACUCGCUCGCCCCCCGAUUUUGGUCUUCCCGGAUUGGGCAGCAAUCGAGGACAACAGCCGUCCUCUUCGUUUCUGUUCCGACGCGUGUAUCGACGGCUUUGGCGCCUCCUUGGAACAAGAACAGCUCGAUGGCUCGGUGAGACCCAUCGUGUACAUCAGCCGCGCUACUCUUCCUGCAGAGCGUAACUGGACCGUUUUGGAUCUGGAGGCUGGUGGCAUUGUUUGGGCCAUCAAACGCCUUCGCGGUUUUCUGUGGGCGACCAAGUUCAUCAUCUAUUCGGACCACAAAGCAUUGGAGAGCAUUUGCAAGGUUGGGGAACACAACGCUAGGGUGCAACGAUGGCUCGAAUUCCUGUCCAACUUCACCUACACCCUAAAAUACCAAUAA